CAUAGCUUAGGAGGCGGGAUUUUUGGAAUACGGGUGGUAAGAAAACGCUUUUGUGCCUUUGGGGAAAAAACAUGGAGUCGGAAACAUGAUCUUUUGGAGAAAAAGGAGAAUGGAUGCAGGAUCCUGAGCACUUCUACAGAGGUCAUGUCUCCCAAAGUGCCACACCAGCAGGGCAAGGCCGAGGACACAGCCGUGCAGGUGGCAGUGCGAGUACGUCCGCUGCUCCCUAAAGAAAUCCUGCACAACCAUGAGAGCUGCAUCACUGCACUGCCUGAAGAUAAAAGGGUUACUCUCGGCCAUGAUCGCCACUUCCACUUUGACUUUGUUUUCGAGGAAAGUGCUGUCCAAGAGGAUGUAUAUGCAACCUGCGUCCAACCCCUCAUCGAGGCCUUCUUUCAGGGUUUUAAUGCCACUGUCUUUGCUUAUGGUCAGACAGGCUCAGGCAAAACCUACACGAUUGGAGAGGCUAAUAUAUCCUCCUUCAGUGAUGACGAGCAAGGAAUCAUUCCCAGAGCAGUGGCUGAGAUCUUCAAGCUCCUGGACGAGAAUGACCUCAGCGACUUCUCCGUCAGAGUGUCCUACCUCGAGGUUUACAAGGAAAUCUUCAGAGACCUUUUGGAAGUGGAGACAGCGAGCAAGGACAUUCAUAUCCGGGAGGAUGACAAGGGCAGUAUAGUUCUGUGUGGAGUGAAAGAAUGUGAGGUGGAGGGGCUUGAUGAGGUCUUAAGUCUUUUAGAAUCCGGAAACACGGCCCGCCACACAGGAGCCACUCAGAUGAACCCUCACUCCAGCCGCUCUCACACCAUCUUCACCAUGCUGAUGGAGCAGAGGCGCGGUGGCUCUCGGGCUGCCAGCAGGAACUCACAGAUCCUAUCCUCUAAAUUCCACUUUGUGGAUCUGGCUGGAUCCGAGCGAAUUCUUAAAACUGGCAACACUGGGGAGCGACUCAAGGAGAGCAUUCAGAUUAACAGUGGGCUUCUUGCUCUGGGAAACGUGAUCGGGGCGCUAGGGGACCCAAAAAGGAAAGGCAGUCAUAUUCCUUACAGGGACUCCAAAAUCACAAGAAUCUUAAAAGACUCUCUUGGAGGCAAUGCCAAAACACUCAUGAUUGCCUGCAUCAGUCCGUCAUCCUCUGACUUUGACGAAAGUCUUAACACCCUCAAUUAUGCUAAACGAGCUCGCAACAUUCAAAACCGAGCCAUGGUGAACUGCCAUGGUGAGCCAGAUCGAGUGGAAAGCCUGGAACUCCAGAUCAAAGCUCUAAAGCGAGCUCUGGAGAACCGGCAGCGCUCUGAGACCCGAAUCCUUGCUCGUUCAGAGCCCGAACGCCAGUUGCGUUCCCUUGAACCAGAUGUGAGCAAGUUGCAGGCGGAGAGCACCCACUACAGGACAUGCACAGACUCAGCCUACAGGCUGCUGAUGGAGCUGCAGGGGGAGGGAACGCUAAACCCGAGCCAGCUGCUGCGUGUGAAGGAGUGGCUUUGCGCUGUUGAGGAAGAGCGCAGCGGUUUGAGUACAGCCUCGGGGCUGGACAGUGGCAUUGAGAGCAGUUCCACUGAGGACACCACUGCACUAAAAAAAGGACGGGAGCUUCUAAAGUGCCAGGAGCCAGAUGUGAAAGAAGAGUGGAACAGGGAAAGGGAGAACUACAUUUCCCAGCUGCAAGCACAGAUCCAGCGAUUAGAGCAGGAAAACACAGACUUCCUUGCUGCACUGGAAGAUGCAAUGGAACAGUACAAACAGCAGAGUGAUAAGCUCCAGGAGCAGCAGGACCUCAUAGAGGAGCUGCAGUGUCUUCUGGCCCAUCCGGGGAUGGGGCUACUGCAGCUGACACAGAGACCCCACACUGCACCUAUCAACUCAUUACAGCAAGCAAGCCUUGCCCCAGGCCAUUUGACACCUUUCUGCAAUGGAGAGGUUGGAGGAACCCCUGCACGACAGACUGGCCUGAGUGUUUCUGCAGACAGCCAUUCAUUUUCUGAAAAGUCUCAGUGGGACAAGGAGUGCGAGUCCUGCAGAGAGGACAGAGAAGGCGAGAACACUCCUAACAGAGGCGUCAAAGACAAACGCAAAUGCAUGAAUAUUACCUGGUCAAAGAAGGAUUCACCAUUUCAAGGAUCACCCAGAAGAGCUAGGGGAACCCUGUCUCAGGUCCUGGGGCCUGGCCACCCUCCAGGAUUACACUACAGCAGAAGGACUUCUAACAGCAGUGUAGGGGAGAGCUCAGUGCUGGAGAGUCUAAGAGGCUGCAUGUGGGAGAUGGGCUCAGAGAGAGGGUUGCUCCUGGCCCAGCAGAAGAUCAGAGAACUCUCUGUCACCAUCCGGAUGAAGGAGGAUCUCAUCAAGGAGUUGGUCAAAACAGGGAAAGAUGCCCAAGCCAUGAACAGGCAGUACAGCCGAAAGGUAGCCGAGCUGGAGCAGGAGGCUGAGCAGGCACGAGCCGAGCUCACCGAGGCCCACAAACAACUUCAGGAGCUAGAGGUGCAGGGCAGUCGUGAUGCCGCUGACCGCUCUAAAGCCCAGGAGUGCAGGAGAAAGAUUGCAGCUGCACAAAGCAAAGUGCAGGUGCUGAAGCAGAGGCAGAGGGACACUGCGCAGCUGGCCUCUCUGUCAGUGCAGAGUGAGCGGCGUGUGCAGGAGCUGGAGAGGAGCGUGCAGAGCCUGCGGCAACAGCAGGACCAGCUACAGCGGCGCCUCCGAGAGGAGAGUCAACAGAAGAGAAGGCUGGAGAGUGAGAUGCAAAGAGGCAAACAUCGAGUAAAGGAGCUGGAGAUAAAGAACGAGCAGCAGCAGAAGAUUCUGCGGAUUAAGACGGAAGAAAUUGCUGCCUUCCAAAGGCAAAGAAGGAGCGGCAGUAACGGCUCAGUCAUCUCACUAGAGGAACAGCAGAAGAUAGAAGAACAGAAGCGAUGGCUAGAUGAGGAGAUGGAGAAGGUUCUGGAACAGAGGAGAGGUCUGGAAGACCUGGAGGGGGAGUUGACCAAAAGAGAGGAGAUCCUGGCCAAGAAGGAGGCGUUGCUCUUAGAGCGUAGCGGCCUGGAGACCAAACGACUCCGCUCUAGCCAGGCUCUGAGUAAGGACCUGGCGACACUGUCGAACCGUAUUGAAUCGCUGGAGCGGGAGCUGAGUGAGCGGAACGGCCAGCUGCGCAGUAGCAGUGCUCAAGACUCACAGCACAUCCGCCAGGAGAUCUCCAACCUGCGGCAGGAGAAAGAGCAGCUCCUCAAACAGAGAGUAGAGUUGGACGACAAGCUCCGACAGGGUAACCUGCUGUCUCCUGAGGAGGAGCGCACUCUGUUCCAGCUAGAUGAGGCUAUAGAGGCACUGGACGCUGCCAUUGAGUACAAGAACGAGGCCAUCACACAGAGGCAGAGGCAGCUGAGGGCAUCAGGAAGCAUGCUCACUCAGUGGGAGAUGAACCUAAUGGCCAAACUCACCUACCUGUCUGCCUCUGAGACACGCGCUCUGCUCUGCAAGUACUUUGAUAAGGUGGUGUCCCUGCGAGAGGAAGAGCGGAAGCUGCAGAUGGCCCUGGCUGAGCUGGAGAUGCGGGUGGAGGAGCAGCAGCACUUGGUUGGGUGGUUGGAAGCAGCUCUGGAGCGCCAGCAGCUGGACACAGACCGCCGGCUCACACAGCAACAAAAAGAGCACGAAAGAAACGUGCAGCUCCUGCUGCAGCAGUGCCGAGAUCAAAUGGAUGAAGGUCUGGCUGGUAGACAGCGACAGUAUGAGGGAUUGAUCCACAACCUGAGCAAAGAACUGAACCUGUGCAAGGCAGCCAAUCAGGAGCUCAACAGCAGAAUAAGGGAAAUGUGUGGAAUGGGAGAUCAGAGCAAGAGUGGAGUAGACAGGGUGCAGUGCAAGGCAGGUGGAGACAGUACCAGGUACACUCCCGAACCUGACAGAGUUCACAAGUCAAGAGAGGAAAUGCGGGAGUUAGUAAAUGCGCCGCUGCCCCCCACAUGGAGGCGCUCUUCCCUCCCCACUGAAGACCAGCAUGUAAUGGAGGAGCUGAGGCAGAGGGUAGCUUGUGAGCUGCCUGCCAACAGAAUUGUCCAGCCUAAUAUGAACAUGAACGCUGCUUAUUGGAGCGGAACAGGCUCAUUGUCCCUUACCAAACCACGGAGAGAGAGCCGGAAGUCAAGCCUAAACUUAGGAAUCGUUGGUUCUAACUCUGCAAUCAUUGACGUUCGGAAAAAUCCCUUAUAGCAAGCUAAUCAUUGGACAGUCAAAUCUGUUUACUUUUAUUUCUAUUGUGCAUUCAUUUUUCAUUAAACUGCAUCUCUGCCUUAUGUGCAAAUCCAGUGCUAAAUUUAUACUAUGGACUUUUUUAAACCAUUGAUCUAUAUCACAUUUUGUGUACAGUACAAAAGCACUUUAUGUAAUAGCAAAUUGCUUGAGCAGAUUUUGUCUUGUGUCUGCUCUUGGUGGAUAAUUUACAAAAAUAUUACAUGAUACUGGCCUAAAAGAACCAUGAGACAUUUUUAUACACUUAAAAACGUUUAUACAUCAUGAUGACAUUGUUUAAGUGUGUGGGUGUAACAUAAUUUGUAAAACAAUAAAUCGACUGAAAAUAAAGCCGAGCCAGCCAGGAGUCGAA